AUUCUUGUAAGAGAACAUUCUCUGUCUAUCUCUCUUUCUCUCUCUCUAUCUCUCUAUCUCUCUUGAACUCGAACUUAGAAUGGAGGUUGGGAAGAGGCAAAACAGAAAGCUGAUCAAAAUCGAUGCUCAUGGUGGACAUGGCGGAACUUUUUGGGACGACGGUGCCUUCACGGGAAUCCGAGAGAUAACUCUGGUGUAUGACCACUGCAUAGACUCGAUCCGCAUCGAAUAUGAUCUGAACGGCAAGCCUGUGCUCGCAGAAAAGCACGGGGGUGCUGGUGGGCAGCUUAUAGCUCAUGUGAAACUUCAAUACCCAGAUGAAUUCCUAACGAUGGUCAGCGGGUACCUGAGCCCAGUGGUGCGUGGGGGCACUCCGGUGGUCAGGUGUCUCACCUUCAAGAGCAACAAGAGGAGCUGGGGACCCUAUGGAGUAGAGCAAGGCACUCCUUUCUCCUUCUCCAUGGAUGGUGGUGCCAUCGUCGGCUUCCAUGGCCGCAGCGGCUGGUACCUCGACUCGAUCGGCUUCCGCCUCGCACCUCUGCACAACCGCGGCGGCCUGCAGGACAUGUUCAGGCAGAAACUCAGGAGCUUUGGGGCCUUGGCUUCUAGAACUCUAGGCUACAAUGAUGUUGAAGAGGGAAACCCAGUUAGGACUGCCAAAGUGAGCGGCUAAAGCAAGUGCUUUCUAGAUAUACAUAUAUAGAGGAUGGCUUAGUAGUGAAAGUGAAUGAAGCUCCUUUACAGACUGCAGCAGCUAGGUUGGUGUCAGCAGUGAGUGCCUCAUGACUAGUAUGUGUAUGCAUGUUGAAUGAAAUAAUACCACAUUUUGCUUUUAUAGAAAUUGCUCCUUAUAAGUUGAAUUUCGAAGA